UUGUUGAAAUAAAAAACAAGGAAACCCCACAAAAGCGAUCCAUAUGCCAGAAAUGCAUCAUUGCCUAAACCCACAAUACAUUAACACUAAUUACUCUCUUUCUCCUUUUCUCAUGCCUUUCUUCUUUCAUUUUCUUUCAACCUUAAUCACACAAACCCCAAACACAAGUUUUAUUUUGAAGUACUUUGUCUAGUUUGUGUUCGAUUGAGUACUACUACGGGUGACUCGGAUCAUUAGUUUGGACCACCUGGCGACAUCAACAAGAGAAAAGUGUUCGGCUUUAGUCCGGUCUUGUUACGUACCGUCAAGGACUACUUGUUCUGACGACAUUAUUAAUAUAUCCAACACGACAGACGAAGAUGGUCAACUUGGCUUCCGAGGAGGAGGAGGAAGACGGCGGCGACAACAUCAACCGCCUAAGAGACACGGCGGGAGAAGCUGCACUGCCGUCUCCAGCGAGCCUUGCCGUCUCAAAAGCAACCUCAAGAUCAAGACGGAGGCCGAGAAAAGCUUUGAACAGAGGAAAGUAAGCUGGCCUGAUAUUGCUUAUGGCAAAGAUAUUGCUCAUGUUCAAGAGUUUGAGCUUAGCGCAUCGGAGGACGGAGAACAUGCAGAAAAUUCUAGAAGAAAAUACUGUGGUGUCUGUAAAAUCCAGUGACACUAUUACCUUGUUGUUUACGUGUUUUGUUUCUUAGCACUGUGUCUGAAAUGUGUUGAUUCUAGUAGAGAGUUUUUCGUAAAUCCAUAUCGAGUAAAAACACUGAAGUUUAAGACACUUGAGAUAUUUGAACAUAAGCGGAAUCGAAUCUUACGAGAAUCGGAGUUUAUAAUCGAAUUUUUAUCAUUUC